AUGGAGUCUGACUUUCCACCCCUUCCCAGCCAUUCGGCCAGGCAUUCAGCGAAUUCAUCACAAAAGCGGGAUAGUGUGUCUGCUUCGGCAAAUGUGACAUCUGGCUAUCGUGGCUUAGAGAUCGCCGAAAAUGGGUCGAAGAUCAUUCAUAAAAUCUUGACUCGAGAUGGCGACGCUAUCCUAGAAUAUGUUGAUACCGACUCACGCAAAGCCACCACGCACUACCGUUGGCAGGUCUCCAGCGAUAGGCUGAGAGAGAAUAGUCCCUUCUUCUCUGCAUUAUUGGACCCAAACAAGUUUUCCGAAGGCAGGCGUUUUGUCGAAAGCAAGUCUCGAUCAAAGGGAUCAUCAGCGACUACACGUGAUACUAGAGUCGCCGAUGGUUUCGCGAUUGAAUCAACGGAGCGUUUGCCGCUAGUUGGGUUGAAUUUGACCCGUUUGAUGGGUAAACAUCGGAUAGAGAGUCUCGAGCUGUUUCUCAAAGUACUACUAUCUGCCUAUGAUGUUGAUCUCGACACUAUAAUGGGAACAGAUAUCGUUCACCAAUCCGUUCCGAUGAUUGCUGGCUUGAUAGAGAUUGCUGAUCUUUUCAGCUCGUCAGAUGUGGUUAAUGAUGCUCUGAAGCACGUGAAUUACCGGCCUUCUAUAAAGGGUAUUCAGUCAUUUGAGGUGUUCGCUUCAUCUUUACUGAAGCUUAGUGACGAAAGGCUUCGGCAAAUUAUAUACAUAGCAAUGUUCAUACAACACGAUACAAUAUUUCGGGUAGCUUCACAUGCUUUAGUGUUGGCUGGGUCCGCCAGAUGGUCAGAUGGCGGUAUCGGAAUCAACAAGUCUGGCAGACAUCGUUGGUCGUAUUUUGAUAAUGGAAUAGAAGGUACGUUCUAA